GAUGAUGCAUGGAUAAUCUAAAUUAAAGGCUGAAACAUUAUCUGAAGAAGAGAUAAAACUUAGAGCAGAAAAAGGAUAAUAAAUUUUAGAUUCUUUAGACUAUUUUUUUAAAGUAAGAAAAAACUAAGUGAAUUAACCUGAAGAUCAAUUGGCUUUUUCAGAGCUUAUGGCUAAGUUAUGUCCUGAAAUUUCUACUAUUUAUAAUUAUAGAAGAGAAGUGCUUUAAACAAAAUUUGAUCAUUUAGGAGGAUUACUUUCAGAAUCUAAAAGCAUAGAUGUGUAUAAGCAAUUAUUAAAAUUGAUUCAAUCUGAAUUUAUGCUCAUAACUAUACUAUUAAAAUAACAUCCUAAAUCGUACACUCUUUGGACUCAUAGAUAAUGGAUGGUUUUAAGAAGCUAAGAAAUAGAUUAACUUAUUAGUUCAAUGUAUCAAAUUUAUAAUCUUAUAUAGUAAUUAAGACAACUAAUUUAAAUUGAUAGAAGCUAUUAAACAAGAAUAUGAAUUAUGUAGCAAAAUGUUGGAUAGAGAUGAACGUAAUUUUCAUGUUUGGAAUUAUAGAAAUUGGUUAUCCUCAAUAAGUGCCUUUGGAAAGGAAGAUGAAUUUACAAAAAAAAAAGUAUAUAUAAUUUUAAUAUUUAGAUUGAAUAAAAUUUUAGUAAUUUUUCAGCCUAUCAUUUUAGAAGCAAAUAUUUUAUGAAAAAUUAUAAUUAAUCUGAAAAUAUUAUAGAGAGAAUUAAAACAGAAUAAAUUUUAGGUCUACUACCUUUGCCUUUCAAUAGAUUGAAAGAUGAAACAGAAUUAAUAUAAUAAGCUAUUUAUAUAUAACCAAAAGAACAUGGAGUUUAUUUAUAUCACAGAUGGUUAGUUGGUGUUGUUUAACCCUUUGGUGUAACAAAAGUUGAAAAAGUUUAAAAUAAUUCAGUCACAUUAUAAUUUAAUAGAGCAGUAACUAAUGUUGAGAACUCUUUUGAAUUAUUUAAUAAUGAUAAUGCUCUUAAAAUUAUCAAUAUAAGAGUUGAAGGCAUUAAUGUUAUUAUUAAUUUUGAAGAACAAUAAAUUAAUAAUUUAAAAAUUAGAAUUCAUAAUUAAAUUUAUUAAAAUGGAUCUUUAGAAACUAUGUUAAGUGAAGAUGAGUUUUCAAAAUUUCUAAUUCCGAGUGAAAUUAAUUUAACAUUUGAUAAUGAAGGAUUUAAAUAUAAUAAUAUAAUUUAAUAAGAAUUUUAAGGAGCAAUUUAUGAAAUAAAUAAAUAUCUUGAUGAGAAUAUAGAAUUUAUCAAGUAAGUUAUUGAAGAAGAAAAAGAGAAUAGGUAUUUUUUAUAUAUUUAUCUGGUAGAUUCCCAUAUAUUCAAAUAUUAUAUUUAUUUUAAUUCAAACUACGCACUUAAAAGUUGAUAGAUGCUAGCAAAUCCAGUGACAUUGUUAAGGAAGCCUUAUAACAUUGUGAUAAGUUGAAAAAGAUUUAAAAUGAUCACCAAGCCCAAUUUCUAUUUGAGUUUUGGAGUUAAUUUUGA